AUGCCGGAUUAUCGCAUACUGACUGCUAUCAUAGUGCUAGUGAUUAGUUCAUUGCUAGCUUUACGUCUGAAAUCAAGUGAAAAAAAACGUGAGGUCUUGAAACCCGAUGAAUUUCAAGAAUUCCCAUUGAUUCUCAAGACUGCCUUGAGUCAUAAUACUGCUCUGUACAGAUUCGGUUUACCCGAAACCGAAGAUGUGCUUGGUUUGCCAAUUGGUCAACAUAUUUCAAUCAAAGCUAUUAUUGAUGGUAAGGAGGUUGUUAGAUCAUACACACCAACCUCUUUGGACACCGAUGCGAAAGGCUUCUUUGAACUAUUGGUCAAAACAUACGAAUUGGGUAAUAUAUCCAAAUAUAUUGGAGAAUUGAACAUAGGCGACAAAAUGCAGGUUCGGGGUCCCAAGGGAUUCUAUCAAUACUCUCCCAAUACUUAUAAGCAUAUCGGUAUGGUUGCUGGUGGCACUGGUAUCUCGCCAAUGUAUCAAAUUAUAAAAGCCAUUGCAGCCCAUUCUUCUGACAAGACCAAAGUUUCACUAGUCUAUGGUAACGUUACCGAGGAGGACAUUUUAUUAAAAGCAGAGUUGGAUAGAAUUGUAGAAUCAAAUCCUACCCAAUUCAAAGUGUUCUACCUAUUAGACAAGCCAGAUGAAGGUUGGACUGGAGGUGUUGGCUAUGUUACUGAGGACAUUAUGAGGGAACAUCUACCAAACGGGAAGGACAAAGAUGUUCAGCUUUUGGUAUGUGGCCCAAGACCUAUGGUGUCAUUCGUUAAAAAAACCUCAAUUUCACUCUCUUACGACAAAAGUAAGCCAGUUUCCAAAAUGGGCGAUCAAGUUUUCAUCUUUUAG